UAGAUACCAAUAAAACAAUAGCAGAUAUGACUUACCUCUCUUGGUUCUAUUUGUUUACCUAUUCGAUUGGGUAAUCAUAAACGAUUAACACGAGAAAGAUAUAUGCAGGGAAGCCAGAGACACGUUCAGCGCGCGAGACAUGUGCAUACUAGAGAAACAAACAUUCAGGGAAACGUAAACUACUCAAUAACCACUUGCCAUAACUAAUUAUCAAAAUCGCAACAAAUAUAAUUUGGUACCACAAAAAAAUGGCAUAUGUCAAUGUGCACUCUCAUACUUUUUCAGGGAGAUAAUAAUUCCACGUUAGGGCAUGAUCAUUCUUUGAAUUGCUGUUCGUCAACAACAACAGAACUUGUCUCUUGGUACGGGAUGUAUUUAGUUUACUGGCAUGUUUGGGGAUGUCAAUGAGAAGUUGGACGACUAUAUAUAUGUGUGUGUGAUGCAAACAUACAAGACAACGGGACUCUGUUUUGGCGGUUUUCAUGGGACUUCAUUCAUUCGGUUACAUCGCCUAGAGGUUUUGUUUGGGCUUUUGCUGUUGUUUUUCUCGUUCAUUUUCUUUUCCCUUUCUCUCUCUAUCGGGAUUGAUUGUCCUCUAUCCUUAUAUAAACCGAUCACUCUAUAUGUAUUUCCAAUUCGGGUCUGGUAGAAUUGAAAAGAAAUGGGAUUUGUAAGUAGUUUAUUGGGAAUUGUUGGUUUUGGAAUUGGAUUCCCUGUUGGAAUUCUUAUAGGUUAUUUUCUCUUCAUCUACCAUCAAUCCAAAGAUGUUAAGGAACCAGUCUUUAGACCGAUUCACGAACUGGAUACGAAUGCUUUGUUAGAACUUUUGAAUGAACUUCCUUUGUGGGUGAAGAACCCUGACUAUGAUAGAGUUGACUGGUUAAACAGAUUUCUUUCAGAUAUGUGGCCUUACCUUGAUAAGGGAAUAUGUGCUACAGUGAGAACCACGGUAGAACCAAUGUUUUCAGAGUACAUAGGGAAAUAUAUGAUAAAAUCGAUUGGUUUUGAGUGUUUGACUCUUGGAACGCUUCCUAUUACCCUUCACGGUCUAAAAGUAUACGAAACUAACGAGAAAGAACUAGUUGUUGAGCCAGUGAUUAGAUGGGCUGGAAAUCCAAAUAUUAUCUUGGUUGUGAAACUUUUGUUCUUCCAAAUUACAGUGCAGUUGGUGGACUUGCAGAUAUUCGCUACACCACGUGUAUCCUUGAAACCUCUAGUCCCUACCUUUCCAUGCUUUUCAAACAUAGAAGUUUCUUUGAUGGAGAAACCGCAUGUGGACUUCGGAUUGAAAUUACUGGGAUGUGAUCUUAUGGCAAUCCCUGGCCUUCAUCGUCAUGUUCAGGAAACUAUUAGAAAACAAGUUGCCAACCUCUAUUUGUGGCCCCAAACCCUUGAAAUACCUAUUCUUGACAGUUCAGUAGGGGCAACGAGGAAACCAGUGGGCAUACUACAUGUGAAGAUUGUAAAGGCAGUCAAACUUUUGAAGAUGGAUUUCCUAGGAACCUCAGAUCCUUACGUUGUCCUUAGCUUGAGUGGUGAGAGACUUCCUGGGAAGAAAACCACUGUUAAGAUGAAGAACCUAAAUCCCGAAUGGAAUGAAGAUUUUAAACUUAUCGUGAAAGAUCCCGAGACCCAAGUCCUUGAGUUGCAUGUGAACGACUGGGAAAAGGUUGGAGCCCAUGAUAAGCUGGGAAUGCAAGUGAUUCCACUAAGAUCUCUUGAACCUCAUGAGACAAAAUCAUAUACACUUGAUUUGGUCAAGAACAUGAAUCCUAAUGAUCCCCAUAACAUGAAACAGAGAGGGAAAAUAGUGGUGGAAAUGACAUUCAGCCCUUUUAGACAAGACACUGAAAGAUUUAGUGGACCUUUGGAUGGAUAUCAUAUGAAAGCCAGUGACAUUAGAAGCGUAACUGAAGAAACAUCUGGAAAUGAUGGUGCAGGGUUACUAUCGGUUACUGUCCAAAGUGCUGAAGAUGUUGAGGGGAAGAAACAUAACAAUCCUUAUGCUUUAGUUCUUUUUAGAGGAGAAACGAAGAAAACUAAGUUAAUAAGGAAAUCAAGGGAUCCAACUUGGGCCGAAGAAUUUCAAUUCAUGUUAGAAGAAGCUCCUUUGCAGGAUACGAUCCACGUUGAAGUUAUGAGCAGGAGGACGGGUUUGGGUUUUAGAUCCAAGGAAUCACUGGGACAUGUUGAUAUCAACCUAAUCGAUGUUGUGAACAAUGGACGUAUCAACGAGAAAUACCAUCUCAUAAACUCGAGGAAUGGAAAGAUACUUAUUCACAUACGAUGGAAAACAAUUUGAGAAUGUGUUAGCAGGACGCAAAAUUUUUGUAUAUCUGUUUUCCUCAUGUACAUUGUAUUUUCAUUACUUGUUUAACUCAAUUUUCAUUGAGCAUGAGAAUACAAAACUCAAUUUUCAUUGAGCAUGAGAGUACAAUCAUGUAUGCGAUACACUGUAAAAUAUUGUUCUGAAGUAGGUACUUCAUAUGUAUGAGAACACAAUCUUGAUUUGUUUGUAA